AACUUUUGAGACUUUCAACUUUUUAAAUUGUGUUAUUCUCACGUCUUGCCAAUAAAGUUUGUCAAUUAAACUGUGUUUAGUUGAUAAAUUUUAAUUAGUAUAAGAAGGAAAGGAAAUAUAAAAUUAUGAAUUUUUACACUGUCCAGUUUUUUGCAAGAAAUAAGUUUCUGUUCUUCACUUGGAUAUUAAUAUCUCUCUACCUAGUCCAAAUUACUAUGGUUUAUUUACAAAGUAAUGCAAACGGUAAAAAUAAAUUGCAGUUUCCCACUAUACGACCAAAUGACCUGGCUAGUUCGCGUGUACCUCAAAGGAACAGCAUGGCCGAACCUAUGUUAAAAUACAAUCUAAUGGAAGAAAUUUAUGGAGAAAAAUACAAGAACUCAAAAACGCACUACUCUUCGGUUGAAUGCAACGAAGAUUAUGCCAAUAAGAACAAACUUCAACAAGACCAUCCUUGCGUCAUUCAUCUAAUUCAAACUAGCUAUCUGCGUAAACCAACGCCUCUGAAUCUUUCAUAUAAUUUGAGUAAGCCGGAAUUCACCAAUCCUUCCGACGGGCAGUCUCAAGCUAUUUUACGCCUUUUGCGCAAUCAGACUGGUGGAUUUUUUAUUGAGUCCGGUGCUCUUGAUGGAGAAUUUCUUUCUAAUACCCUAUUCAUGGAGCGUUUUUUAAACUGGACUGGAAUAUUAAUUGAAGCCGACCGAAAAGCUUUUCGUCAGCUUUCAGCUCGAAAUCGUAAAGCCUAUACAUCGCCUGCAUGCCUCAGUACAAAACCAUAUCCUAUUCAGGUAAUUUUCAAUGCCUCCGGCUGGUCUGGCAGUUUUAUUGUCAGCGAAGAAAACAUGUCAACAAAGCAGAAUUUGCCGAAUAUGAAUUCAAAUAUCAAAGAACGGGCAAAUAACGAAGUAAUUUACGCUGUGCAGUGCUUCCCACUCUAUUCCAUACUGUUGGCUAUUGGGCAAACAACCGUGGAUUUUUUCGGUCUAGAUGUUGAAGGUUCUGAGUACAAAAUAUUGAAAACCAUACCAUGGCACAAAGUUGAUAUAAAGACGUUAUCAGUUGAAUGGAAUCAUAUUCCCGAGGGAGAACUUGCGAUGACUCAAUUCAUGGAAAGAAAUAAAUAUGUAAAGUUUGGUAAUAUUGAAAUGCCAUACUCUCGAGAGAUCGUUUACAUUCAAGAUUUCCUCGAUGACUUUCGACAAUAUGAAUUUGAUUAACUGUUAAAUUUUAAAUUAUUGUUAAACUUUUUUCCAUGGGAUGAGUAGACUUUCUGUUAUGAUGAAAAUAUUUAAGGAAUUUGAAGUUAUUUAGUUCAAAACGUUCAGAGUUUAUGAUGUUUUUGUUGCUUGUAUUGGAGAUUCAAAAUCAUAUACUUACGUAAAAAUUUUACUAAAUUAUAAGAUAAAUUAAAUUGUUUUUUAUGAAAUAAUUAAUAGUUUGAUAAUUGAUAAGUAAUAAAAUAUUA